AUGAGUCCCGCUGGACGAGCACUGUUCCACGGGUACCUUGAUACCAGAAUACCAAAAGAUGGAAUAAUAAAAAAAGCAGGAUAUUGUGCUGUGCGAUCGAAACGUGUAAGAAAAUCCUUUAAACGUGAGUCUACAUUUAAUUGGAAUCUAUACAAUACACUAGUCUUGAAAGUCAGAGGAGAUGGAAGAUCUUAUUUACUGAAUAUUUCUUGUGAAGGUUAUUACGAUAUCACAUGGAACGACAUUUACCAUUAUGUGCUUUAUACCAGAGGAGGUCCCUACUGGCAAAUUGCAAAGAUACCAUUUUCUAAAUUUAUUUUGGGAUCAAAAGGUAGAAUACAGGACAAACAAACAAGAAUACGAUUAGACAGGAUCACGCAUUUUGGUAUAUCUUGUGGCGACAAAAUUAAUGGUGUAUUUAAUCUUGAAAUUGAAUACAUUGGUUUAGAGUUCGAUCCAACACAUAAUGAAGAAUUUGCCUAUGAAAUGUAUAAAACAGACAGAUAUAUAGUUGGAGUG